UUCGAGACAAAAUAUUUUCCUGGAAACUGCAAAACAGUCGUAAUUAACUUUAAAUCCAACUUACGUCAGUAAAAGCUAUAAAUCAUGAAGCAAAGAGUGGGAAAGAACGCACCUAAGCUACACCUUGGAAGUUUGAAUAACCAGAAUGGCACCUUCAAGUUUGGUUCUUCUUUGUUUUCUAACUCUACUGGCACCCCGUUGGGGAAGUUCUUUUCCGAUGCCAGAAGAUGACAGCAGAGACCAUGAUGAUGAAAGAGAUGAUGAUGAAAGAGAAAAAGAUGACCGUGACCAAGGUUUGAGGGAUGAUAAGUCUAAUGAUGAAGACUUGGAUAGAAACAAUGGCAAAGAGGAUGAUGACGAAGGAGACGACUAUGAAAUGAAAGGAGGCAAUCGUGAGCAUGGCUUUGACAAACGGAACGAUGACCGAAACGAAUACGAUAAUGAAAGGAAUGAUGACUACAGUGACCAUCGCAGAAAUGAUAAAGAUGAUUACGAAAGAGGAAGAGAUGAUAGAAACGGUGACGACAAUGAUGAUUUAAGAAGGCGAAAUGAUGAACAAGACGACAGCAGCAGGAGAAACGAUGAGGAAGACUUCUCUGACCGAGAGGAUGAAGGCCACUGGAACAGGAGAAUAGGAGGAAAGAAAGGAAAAAGGGGUAAAAGCGAAGAAGAUAAGGGCGAGAGUAGAAGCGACGCUAUGAGAGGAAGUCAGCUUCGCUCUGGAGGCAUGUCCCUGUCUACUUCCAACCUCAUCUUAUUUUCUGUGGCAUUGAUAAUUCAUCGUGCGCGCAGUUUCCUUUCAAUGUAAUGGACACAGACUGCUAUGGAUUGCAAAACGACGAAUUUUGUUUAAAGACGUUUUCAAAGUAAAGUAAAGUAAAGUAGCUGACUGGAUCACUUAUCAAAUAUGCGUUGCGUUGUUUCUUUAAUAUCGAAGUUACUUCUAGAAAUAAGGGUGCGAUUUAUGGAAAAAAUACUAGGUGAGAUCAAUGGUUAUAAAAUUUAUUAAUCACUUAUGAGGCUAUUUCAAGUGUGUGUCGUCACACGCCCAAUGAAUUCAUGUCCAAAUAAUUGCAUGGAUUUUCCCGCCUUAGUUCGCUGUCUCGCAGAAAAAGUAUUUUUCAUCCGUAAAACUAAGCGAUUCAUGACUUUAAAUGAAUAAAUGGUGAUUUGGGUUUUUAAAUAACCUGGUUUCCGUGACUACUU